AUGAGCUCCAUGAGUCUGAUGGGAAAGGUGGGCCAGUCGGGCGACACCCGUGCGAACCCACCGAGUACCCCAAUCAAGAAGAGAUCCCGGCCGAUGUUUAACUCCCCUGCGGUGGCCAGAAGGAUGUUUCCUGGCCUUGCAGGUGAUGAUACCCAACCUGUGCCCGACACACUGCCAUUCCUGACUCCGGAAACGGAGGCUUGGGCCUCCCCCGUGGGACUGGACAUGCUUCCGCCCACAAGCCCCGAAACGGAUCCGAACCCUGCCCCCCCCCCUUUGAAACGAAGUUUCAGACGGCAGUUCGGUGAAGUCGAGGAUUUGGAAAAGGUUUGCUUGGAACAAGAGUUGGAGACUGCCGAGAGAGAGGUCAAGAGGCUGAAGGCAGAAAACCAACGAUUGCAAAGCCGCGUGGACACGCUUCAAGCAAAUAAGACUUACUUCCAAGGCCAGCUCCUCGAAUUGAAACAGGCGCUGAACAAUGCCCAGAGGAAUGGCACCGGCGCCAGUACGGGAAGGUUUGGGCUUGUGAAUCCAGACGGAAUGCGAACACUGUUUGGAACUUCCUCUUUUCACAUGGAGGAUCGCAUCUUCCAAACAAUCCAAGUGGAGGACACUGUUGAGGAUAAUUAG